AUGGCGACUGCAACGAGCGACGACCACCAACAGAGACUAAUCUCAUCUUUCAUAGAGAUCGCUGUUGGUCAAACCAUUGAAACCGCUCUACAAUUCCUAAAGGCAACAAGCUGGAACCUUGAAGACGCCAUUAACCUCUUCCUCGUCCAUGGACAGAACCAAACUCUGUCAUAUCCGCAAAACUCAUCAGAGCAGUAUUGGAGUGAUAAUCAAGAAGAAGAACAAAUCCAUCCUCCUUUACCUUCGAUUAGAGAUACUCUCUACGAUUCUUCUUCCAUGCAUCAUCAAACUACGGUCCAAGUAGGUCCCGAGGAGAUCUGGGACUUGAAACAAGAACCGUCUGAUUCGGGAUCUGUUGUUGGAUCAGAAGGUUCGAGAUUGUCUACUUUGUACCGUCCUCCUCUGAAACUUCUUUUCCAAGGCUCGUUCGAAGACGCGAAAGCAACUUCUUCUAGACAGAAUCUAUGGCUGCUAGUGAAUCUCCACGAAGGACAGAAAAUCUCUACUUUCUACAGAAUCGAAUCUCUUCCUCCUGUGGUGCUUCUCAUCGAUCCAAUCACUGGUCAGAAGAUGCGUUCGUGGAGCGGCGUGAUCGAAGCUAAGAGUUUUCUCGAGGAUUUGGUGAAGUACAUGGAUUCUGGUCCUCACGAACACAAUGCUUCUCUGACAAGCAACAAACGCAUAAAAACAGAGAAGGUUUGUUACGAAAGCGACCAGACUUCUACUUGUCAAGACAUGUCUACUUUCUGGGACAACUUCUUUGAAGAGUCAAGCAACAACAUUGAUCACAUCCUCUUCGAGUCUGUGGAGGAUGACACUUUCUUAGGGUUUCCAGUUUUGACUGAAGAGCCAAAAGGUGACUGCGAUCGAAGCGUUGUGUGCAGUCUCUGCAUUCGUUUUCCAGAUGGGAGAAGAAAGCAGAGGAACUUUCUAAAGACCGAACCGGUUCAGCUUCUCUGGUCUUUCUGCUAUUCUCAGAUGGGGGAAUCCGAGAAAAAGGCGUUUAAAUUGGUUCAAGCGAUUCCUGGUGCUUCCAAGACUCUGGAUUAUGGAGCUAACGCGACUUUUGACCAGUCUGGUCUGGCUAAUUCAUUGAUCUCGGUUACUUGGACUACAACAAGUGACUUACACCAACAGAAACUAAUCUCAACUUUCAUGGAGAUCGCUGUUGGUCAAACCAAAGAAACCGCACAACUAUUCCUAAAGACAACAAACUGGAACCUUGAAGAAGCCAUUAACCUCUUCCUCAUCGAUAGAAAAAACAAACCUCUAUCAUAUCAUAACUCAUAUUUGAAACCGUCGGAUUCGGAUUCCGAUUCUGUUGUUGGAUCAAAAGAAUCGAAAUUGUCUUCUUUGUACCGUCCUCCUCUGAAACUUCUUUUCAAAGGUUCAUUCGAAGACGCGAAAGCAACUUCUUCUAAAAAGAAUCUAUGGCUCCUAGUAAAUCUCCAGUCCACGACCGAGUUUGCUUCUCACAUGCUUAACCGAGAUUUAUGGUCAAACGAAGCCGUUUCUCAAACCAUCGAGUCUAGCUUCGUCUUAUGGCAAGUCUAUGAUCAUACCAAUGAAGGAAAGAAAAUCUCUACUUUUUACAAAAUCGAGUCUGCUCCUCCUGUUGUGCUCCUCAUCGAUCCAAUCACAGGUCAGAAGAUGCAAAUGUGGAGCGGUGUGAUUGAAGCUCAGAGUUUUGUCGAAGAUUUGGACUUGUUUAUGGAGGCAAGUCCCAAUGAGUACAUAGCUUCUCUGACAAGGAUCACACACGUAGACAUUGGCUCGUCAAGCAACAAAAACGACCAAGUCCCGGCUUCUUCUUGGGGUGAAGAGUUUGAAAAGGAGGAGACUUCCUCGUCAAGCAACAACAUCAACAAAACCGUGGCUCCUUCUUGUGGUGAAGGGUUUGAAAACGUGGAGACUUGGUCGUCAAGCAACCUCUAUGAUCACACCGUUGCUCCUUCUUGGGGGCCCGAAUUUGAAGAGCCUGCAGAAGUAGAGGAAGAGGAAGAAGAAGAGGAGGAGACUUGUUUACAGUUCCCAGAUUUGACAGAAGAGCCAAAGGGAGACUGCGAUCGAAGCAUUGUGUGCAGUCUCUGCGUUAGAUUUCCAGAUGGGAGAAGAAAGCAGAGGAGGUUUCUCAAGAGCGAACCGGUUCAGCUUCUUUGGUCUUUUUGUUAUUCUCUCAUGGAGACAUCAGAGAAAAAGGUAUUCAAACUGGUACAAGCGAUUCCUGGUGCUUCCAAGACUUUAGAUUAUGGAGCUAACAUGACGUUUGAUCAAUCUGGGCUUGCUAAUUCGAUGAUCUCGGUUACGUGGGAAUGA